AUGGCUUCCUCCGUACCCAUCCAAAUCGCAGAGACGAUACAGACAGCCCACAUCAACCGGGCACCCUCCCCGAGCCACGACCUCAAUCCCUCCACAGCAGCCUCCGAGAAGGAGCCAGUGACAUUAGACCCCGUCCCGACCCAGGACGAUCUCGACGAUGAUGAGCUCGACGACUACAUUCCACGCAGUGUGGUGAACCCGAAGCCGCGUACAGCAAAGCUUCCACCCAUGCCCGACCUGCGUUUCGAGCAGAGUUACCUCAACAGCAUUUCCAAGGCCGAUACCUGGGGGCGGGUGGCGUGGAUCACCGCAAGGGAUCAGGUGAUGAUGCCCCUGAUACAAGGCGUCGUUUACAACUUGUUCCUCAUCGGCUGGCACCACUGGAACAAGAACGCUCAGGUCCACGGCAGUUCGAUAGGUGCGAGGGUCCGGAGGUGGUGGUAUAGCGUGAAUAACUGGCAGCUGCCCCCGCAAAAGAGCUCAAACUGGAGGACGGCAUUUACAAAGAAGGAGCUGUGA